AUGUGCGGAGUUGACUCUUUCAAUGCGGCUCAGCAUUGUCCGUUGAAUCUCUGCUGUAGCUAUUUUGGCUAUUGCGGGACAAGUAGCCUGUACUGCGUCAACCCAGGGGCCGCACAAACUGCAAAUCCAUGCCAGCAAGGUUAUGGAAGCUGCCAAAUUGUUCCGCCACCCUCUUGCGAUGCUGGUGCUGGUAGUGCUUCCAGAGGACGAAAGGUUGGGUACUAUCAGUCCAGCAAUCUCGGUCGGCAAUGCAACCGAAUGGGUCCAAAUGAUCUCGAUAUCACCGGCUACACUCACAUGCUGUUUGCAUUUGCUUCCAUUGACCCAAACUCUUUCCAAGUUGUCCCUUUGGAAGCCAGUCAUCCGGCACUAUAUGCUCAAUUUACAGCACGCAAAUCAGCGUCACUGCAGACAUGGAUCUCAGUGGGAGGCUACAGCUUCAGCGAUCCGGGCCCAACUCAAACAACAUGGCCAAACCUGGUUUCUUCUUCUGGCAAUCGUGCCUCAUUCAUCAAUUCUCUCAUCCAAUUCAUGACACAGUAUGGCUUCAAUGGCGUCGAUCUAGAUUGGGAGUUUCCAGGUGUGGCGUCUCGAGGCGGCCAACCUAGUGAUACAGCAAAUUUCGUGUCUCUGGUGCAGGAGAUGCGAUCCACAUUUGGGUCGAAUUAUGGGAUCAGCGUAGCAUUACCACCGGAUUUUGCAUCUCUUCAAAACUUCAAUCCUUCCGCCAUGGCACCAUCAAUCGACUUCUUCAACUUCAUGUCCUAUGAUCUUCACGGACCCUGGGAAGCAGCUAUUCUCGGUGCAGACGUCCGCUCACAAUCCUCUAUCAAUGACAUCUCUUCUGACCUCCUCCCUCUGUGGUUCGAUAAUGUCCCUCCUUCUAAGGUUAAUCUUGGAAUUGCAUACUAUGGCCGUGGAUAUACACUACAAGACCCAAGCUGUACAGAUGUGAGUUGUCCAUAUACCGGUGCCAGUAAUCCUGGAACCUGUACGGACAGUGCAGGUGUGUUAAGUCUCCGCGAGAUUGAAGUCUUAAUUCAGCAACAAGGACUGGUUCCGAAGUUACUGUCUGACGAGAUGAUUAAGCAAAUCAGCUGGGGUAAUCAAUGGAUGGGGUAUGAUGAUGCCGAUACCGUGACACUGAAGUCCGCUUGGGCUGAUCAGCAAUGUCUUGGCGGCAUGAUGUACUGGAGCAUGGAUUUAGUUGGUGCUGGAACGUAGGUCUCCAUCUUUUCUUCAGACAAGCACAAGAUAAUUAUAGUCCUAGUGGCGACUCCCCCAUCUUCCCCUCCACGGACUCAACAUGCUCCUCGACUAGGUCCUGUCCUUCCUGUUGUUCAGCAAACGGCUUCUGCGGUUCAGACCCCAGUCAUUGUUCGAUCAAUAACGGUUGUCAGGUCACGCUUGGGACUUGUAGUAUAGUGAGUGUGGAUGGCAGUUGUGGACUUGGCAGAACCUGUUUGGGGAGCGGAUUUGGGGAUUGCUGCUCGUCGCUGGGCUGGUGUGGGAGUGGAGAUGGAUAUUGUGGCACGGGCUGUCAGGGAUUGUUUGGAAGUUGCGGCUGAGGAGGUACCUAAGGAAGACUAGAAACGCAGGAUGUGGAACAAUUCAUGGUGUGGGAUGUGUCUACAAUACAUGCAAGUGGUGGGUAUCAUUGCAUAUUGGUCUUGCUAUUCUGGUAAGUUGGACAUCAAUG